AUGCCGGGGGUACUGUGGCCCACAGGACUGCUGCUCUGCUUCCUCGGUGUCUGUGCCUGUCUGGAAGAAGAGUGCGUCCUCGGUGUGGUCGGCCGGCCCGUCUCUCUGCCCUGUUUUUACCCUCCAUUACUGACCUCUGUGAACGUUUCCGUGGAGUGGAGGCGAGGUGAUGCGGUGGUGCUCAGAGCGAUGUGGAGAGAAGAUGGAGAUGUGGAGGAGUGGAGCCUUAACAGAGCCAGCGUCUCAACUGAAGCUCUACUGACCGGAAACAUCUCUCUGGAUCUUCCCUCCGUGUAUCCUGAAGACAACAAAACCAACUACAGCGUGCUCGUCAUUUCUGCAGGGAAUCAGAGCGAGGUUCUAUGCAGCGUGUGCCUCAGGGUAGCAGCCAGUUUCAGCCCCCCGUGGCUGCAUAGGGAGGAGGCCAGGCAGGGGAACAAGACGAGCUUCUCCUGUCGCUCUGGUGGCGGAUUUCCAGAACCUGCGGUCCACUGGCUCAUAGAUGACACAGUGGCGCCCCCUGAAGGCUCAGUGAAGACCCUCAUCACGUCACUCCCAGACUCCAAACUUUACAACAUCACCAGCAACCUGACCCUCAGCAUCUCUGAAGGCUCCAGCGUGUCGUGUGUCAUCGAGAACCCGACCAUGAAUGAAACUUUGACAUCGACAAGCUAUGGGGCAGACACCACCGCAGUGGUGAGCAGAGCGUCUGAGGCCAUGUGGAUCUUCAGCACAGGACUCUGUGUGGUGGUCGGAGUCAUGGUGAUAGUUGGAGUCGGGUACCAGAUCCACCUGGACAGGCUAAGUAAGAAGAAGAAAAAGGAAUACCAGUACCAACAAACACACUCCAAAAGAGGACGCAAACGGAGUCCGUACAAGGAGGAGACAGAGGCGAUGAAACCAGAGAAAAAGGAGACGGAUGUGUGAAAAUUUGAGUCCAAAACCCUCAAAUUCUGACAUUAUAGAGCACUGAAUAGUGAUUACAGGUGCAUCUAAAAAAAUUAGAAUAUCAUGAAAAAGCUGUGAUUUAAUUCAGGAAGAGAAACUUCCAGAUACUCUGGACUCAUCCCAUACAGAGUGAAAUAUUUAUGUUUUAAUCUUGAUAGUGGCUUACAGCUCAUAUCUUCAUUUAUUAGAAUAUCACUAAACAUCAGUCCAAUAAAGAUUUACAACACAGAAAUGUUGACCUUCUGGAAAAUUCUGCUUAUUUAUCACUCAGUGUUUGGAGCUCCUUUUACACAAAUUCCUGCAUCUCUGCUUGUAUUGUGGAGGCGAUCAGUCCGUGGUCCUGCUGGGGUGUUACGAAGCCCAGGUUGCUCUGAUCGCAGCCCUCAGCUGGUCUGGAUUGUGAGUCUGGAGUCUCAGAGAUUCUCAAUGGCACAGGUGUCAAACUCAAGGCCUGGGGGCCAAAUCUGGUCCGUGGAACAGUUAAAUCUGGCCCUCUCA